GCCGCGCGCGGCCGAGCUCGGGCGGGAGGAGGAAGCGGCGCGAGAAGGUGACACGUCAUGCUCCUGUCCCUCUGCUCGCUGCUGCUGGCACCCACCCGGCUACUGCUGGCCCUCUGCCGCCUGGUGGCCCGCCUGGGGGUGACGGUGGCCGCGGUGGCCGCGGGGGUGGCCUACGGGCUGUGGGGUUUGGGGGUGCUGCUGCGUCGGGGACCCCGCGAGACUUUUCGGUGGCGGGUGAGGGACCGGCCCCCCCCCGGCUUGGCCGAUGGCACUUUUGGGGAGCACCGAUACCUGCGCCUCAAGGACUCGGGGCUGCAGCUCCACUACGUCACCCGGGGUCCCACCACGGCCCCUUUGAUGUUACUUCUCCACGGCUUCCCCCAAAACUGGUUUUGCUGGAGGCACCUCCUGCGGGAAUUCGGCACCAAGUACCGGGUGGCGGCUUUGGAUCUGCGCGGUUACGGAGCUUCGGAGAAGCCACCGGGCAAGGAGAAUUACCGGCUGGAGAUCCUGCUGGAGGACAUCCGCCAGGUCAUCGAGGUCUUGGGGACACCCGGCGGACGCGCGGAGGUGACGUCGAGCGGCGGCACCGCGUCCCCCAAAUGCAUCUUGGUGGGACACGACUGGGGAGGACUUCUCGCUUGGGAGUUCGCCGCCCGUCAUCCGGCCGCGGUGGAGAAGUUGGUCAUCAUGGACGCUCCUCACCGGAGCGUCGUGGCGGGUUUCUCCGUCUGCCACCCCUCCCAGCUCAUCCGUUCCAGCUACGUCUUCCUCUUCCAGCUGCCCUGGCUGCCCGAGCUCCUCCUCUCCCUGGCGGACUUCGAGCUGGUGAAGACCAUCUUGACGGGACCUUGGACGAGGAUCCAGAAUCCCCUGCGGCAGCUGACGGAGCAGGAGGUGGACGCCUACCUCUACGGCCUCUCCCAACCGGGGGGGUUGACCCCCCCCAUCAACUACUACCGUAACCUCUUCUGGUGUUGGUGGGAUGCCAUCGAGGUUCUCAGGUUUGGGUGA